AUGUUUUGGGAAAAAAUUGAGAUGCACAAAGAAUUGCACCUUCUUGAAGAAAAUGCAUCCAAAUCCAUAAUUAACAAUACAACAAAAGUUCUUGGAACUGCUAUCGAAAAUGUCCAUUAUAUUAUCGAGAACAUCAAUGAUGCAUUGACAAACCCAAAAAAACGAACUUCAUUAAUAUAUGCCAUAAUGACCAAAUUUACUCCAGAAUGCAUCAAAAAAACUGAUGGGCAAUUUGAGGCAUCAAAUGAAUCAUCAUUAAAGCUUCUCAAAAUACUUUUAACAGGGUUAUUUGUUGAUUUGAGACAAAGAAGUAGAUAUUAUUUGGAUAAGACUCAUUUCAUUUCUAAAAUAGAAAAUCUUAAUGCUUCAGCCAUACUUUCUCUGCAUUCUUGUCACUUUGGUAAAACAUUAUUUCUUUCUAUUCUGUCUUCUUAUUAUGAUAUAAAGAACCAAGAAGACCAAUUCAAACAAUUAUUUGGUGAUCUGUUCAUUAGUAAAAAUCCUACACUAUUAGCAUCUUCAUUUCUAGUUCUGGAGCUCAAUUUUUCUAGAAUUCGCACUAGUGCAACAUAUGUCGUCUUUGAGGAGAGCUUUCACAAAUGUUUGAAUCUAUUUAUGUCAGGAUUUAUGUAUCAAUAUCAACAAGAGUUGGGUCAUCAUUUUCAAAUUGUUAAUAAAAAUUCUGAUGCUUUGACAAACUUAUUAAAGUUGCUGAAUGCGAUAGAAUUAUGUGGUUAUAAGCUAUAUAUUUGCAUUGAUGAGUAUGACGCUAGCAUUAAUGAAAUUCUUAGAGAUGAAACUGUCAUCCAAGAACUCACUGAUAAUCACAAAAAUGAAAACAAAAUCAAAUUAAUUGAGAGUUCAUUCAAUGAAGAUUCUUCAAACAUCAUCAAGAAAUUUCUUCAUUUUCCUCCUGAUCUGAACAUAUUGCCUUCUCAAACAAUAUUGGAAUUAAUUGGCAACAAUCCCCUUGGUAAAUCUAUUCUUACUGAAGCACUCAAUCGAAGUUCUCUCAAAUCAAGAAAUGAGUUUAUUGCAGAGGCACUAAAAAUCUACAACUGGAAAGAAGAGGAUUUAAUACCUGUACGAAGUUGCUUACAGAUUUUGGAGCCAGAAUGUAACAUCGAACUGCUCUGCCGAUUUGUAGAGGAAACUUUACUUAAGCCAUUAAAGGACAAUAGUGUUAAGCAUUCAAAUGAAGAGGCUUUGAAGCAAUCUUUUAUAAACACUUUAAUUCUUACUCUUUAUGCAAAUAUUGAAUUAGAGUUUUGGAUAAAUUCUCAAAACUCUAAUUUAGGUAAUAAGGCAAUUGAUUUAGUGAAAACAAGUACUGGAGGAAGGAUAGCAAUCGAAUUUGAUAAUAUUAGAAUAGAUUAUAUUAAUCUAAACAGAGCUCAAAGUACUUGGCAGAAAGCAACACAA